UUCUGUACCGUAUGUGCCCCGUGAUUUCCUCCGCUGACUGUAUUUUUCCGCGCCUCAGUCAGUCAGCUGUCUCUCCAGGUGUCAGUCUUUCAGUGCAGUCAUUAUGGCAGAAACCAGCAAAACUGAGAAGGUCCAGCUGCACGCGCCAGCUCUGGAGGACCUGCGUGUUGUUUUACAGGCAGGACUGGAGCAGAACUUUGCAGAAGUUCAGGUGAGUGUUGUGGAGUGCCCGGAUCUCACCGAAGAGCCCUUCAAGUUUCCUGUCAAAGGCCUGUGUGGUAGUCCUCGCAUCACUGAUGUUGGUGGUGUGCCGUACCUGGUCCCCGUGGUCCAGAAGGACAAGGAGUACAACAUGAAUACCAUCUCAAAAGAGCUGGAGCUGCCGGGGGCCUUCAUCCUCGGCGCGGGAGCCGCUCCCUCCAGAAUCGUUGGAAUGAACGCAGAGCUGAUGCCUCUGGUUCUGACCGAGGCGGAGGGAAGGCCUGCGGUGAACAGCAGCUACUUCUCCUCCAUCAAUCCCGCUGAUGGUCAGUGUCUGCAGGAAAAAUACAGCGACAAAUUCUCCGACUGCAACUUUGGACUGCUGGGAAAUCUGUACGCUUGUGAAGGGAAGUCUGGAAAGGUCAUCGAGGUCCGUGCCAAGAAGAGGAUGGGAGGCCACAGCCUGGUGACGGCCCUGAGGAAGACUCUGGAAGAUCAAUACCCGGAUAAGAGCCUGGCUCUGGGCGGCACCUUCGUCAUCCAGAAAGGAAAAGCUAAAAUCCACAUCAUGCCGAGAGAGUUCUCCGUCUGCCCCCUCAACACCAACGACGAGGUCAACAACUGGCUCAAGCACUUUGAGGUCAGCGCCCCGCUCAUCUGCCAGUCAGUGCUGGUGUCCAGAGACCCUGGUUUGGACCUGCGUGUGGAGCACACCCACUGCUUCAGCCACCACGGAGAAGGAGGACACUACUACAUCGACACCACACCUGACACUGUGGAGUACCUGGGCUACUUCGUGCCUGCAGAGUUCGUCUACCGCAUCGACAGGCCCAAAGAGACCCACGCGGUUGGACGAGACUGAAGGACGAAUGAAUGAAUGAAUGAAUGAAUUGAAUCAAACAGUGUGUGAUUUGUGUUAGGUUCUUUGUAUCAAAAAGUGCACAGAAAUUCACUUUUUUAAUGAAAAAGCAUCAUUUCUGUAAAUCAUUUCUCUUUUGUCACACGUGUAAAAAUAAAUCCACA